AGGGGUGUAUAGCAAACGCUUGCGAGGGGGAAACGAAAUUGUAGAAGUGUGAGGGGAGGUAGGGGGAAGGCGAAUGGUCCAUAGUGAGUAAGACUGGGGACUGGGAAGCGGGAUAGGCACAGUCAGACAGUCAGGCAGGCCCCCGGCAUAAGGCAAGGUAUCUGGGCAAGGGCGCAAAGAGAGGCAACACUGCACGGCAAAACCCAGCACCAAGCCCAAGACCACUAGAUCCGCUCGGCUUACCCGACUUAGAGACUUAAGCCAAGCAGCCAGUCCAAAAGGCUCAACUGGGCUAAGCCUAGCCGACCCACCUACCUAACUGCAACGUGCGGUCACUACACUACCUGGGUGACUACCCCAUCGACCUGGUCUUCACAACCCUUUCACUUUUUUUUUUUUAUCCUUUGGUAGUUGACCACCAAUCCCCGCCACGAGUUUUUGUUUACCACUUGUCGUUCACUCGUCAAUCAGCGGUGUUUUUAAGUAAGACAGGGAAGUGAGAAUCAUUGACAAUCGGUGAACAGUCGCUGGGAGUGGUGAUACUGCCACGAAGACAUUGUGCGUCGACUCGGGUAAUCACAGUGACUGGCUCAGACACGGUGGUCACAGCCAAGGUGAUAGAGGUGCUGAGUGUGUGAAACGCGUGUGACUUGGCUGGACUUAACCCACUUUCUGUCUGGCUCGAGUACAUGAGAGUUACGCAAUUAUCGGGCUUUAUAAUCAGUCGGCGGCUGAGGCAUUGUGAAGAAAGCACCGGUGUAAUUGAUCCUCGGGAGUUAUUUGUUAUUGUCGAUUGGAACGAGUGUGAUUUGGUUGUUAAGUGUUGAUAGUGGAGUGAUUGUUCGUUUGUUGGGGGUAUUUCAAAGUGAUUCGUGAUUCAUUGGACUUAUGACACCCUAGAGGGGGGUCAGAGCUGAUCAGGGGUUUGGUGAGGACAGCGAGGUUGACCAAAGGUGUACGGAACAGUCGGCACGACGUUAACCUUCUACAGUAUGGAGCGCGGCGGGGGCGGGGGGAGCCUCGAACUCGCCGGCGGUGGUGGUGGCGGUGGUAACUCGGAUCUGUGUCUUCAGGAUCUCGUCACGGGUUCGGCCACUGGAUUGUCCGUUCAGCAUUAUCAGCAUGCAGCUGCUGCUGCAUCAAUGGCUGGACUGCAUGGUGAUCAUCUGCAGAAUGCAAUGCAUCAUCAUGAUGUCCAUGGCAACUCUCAUCAUGACACAUCGAUGCUGCACAAUCCGAGCCAUCAGCUGUCUCAUGAACCUCUUGAAAAGUUAAAGUUGUGGGCAGCUAAUGAUUUCCGAGACGACACCAACAGCUUAGCGCGCCUGGAUUCAACGGGUCACGGUGCUCACACUCCAGGUGGCAGUACCCCAAGUACCCCAGGCGCCACACCGACAACCCCCUCAGCAGGAUUCACCUCGGCGCCUCCACGAAAUCGCACGAACACCAAUCAGAGGACAGACAUUCGAAAAGGUGUUCGGACACCGACGGAAGUGAAACAAGAAAUUCGAACGGACAUUGUCUCUCCAGCGGGUACAGUCGGUAUAAACGACGCAAACGACAAAGACGGGGGUAAGAAUAAACGCCAGAGACGGCAAAGGACGCACUUUACCUCGCAACAAUUACAAGAACUAGAAUCAACGUUCACGAGAAAUCGAUACCCCGAUAUGGCGACCAGAGAGGAGAUUGCCAUGUGGACGAACCUCUCCGAGGCGCGAGUGAGGGUCUGGUUCAAGAAUCGCCGGGCAAAAUGGAGAAAACGGGAGAGGAACGCAGCGAAUGCAGCAGCAGCAGCGGCUGCUGACUUCAAAGCGGGUUUUGGUGCUGCAGGUCUGAACAGUUUCAUAGGUCGUGCAGAUGUGGACGCGAUGUACAGCCCCUACAGUUCCUACAACAACUGGGCAGCCAAAGUCCCAUCCCCCCUGAACAGCAAGCCCUUCAACUGGGCCCACCUGAGUACAGUUGUCCCAACAGCAUCGCAUCACCAUCACCAUCAACUUGCUGGCGCUCAGGUGGCACCAGUCAACUGCUUCAACGCCUCCACCUCGGUCUCCAGUCAUGUAAGCGGAAUGUCAAUGUCAGUGGGCCAAGCAGCGACAUCAAUGCUACCCGGGAUGGGCUCAGGUCUUGGAGUUGCUGGCUCACCAGUGGCAGCCUCGAGUGCAGCGUGCCCCUACGCAGCGCCAACGCCCCCACAUCCUUAUGGACCACCAGUGUACUCUCAUCAUCGUGCGACAGGGCCCACUGAGCCGUGUUCAGUGAUGAACAGCAGCUUAGCAACCCUACGCUUGAAGGCCAAACAACACACAAGUGAGUAUGGCUCAGCAAGUUCAUUCAGCACUGGUGGUACAACAGCAACUGGUGGUGGUAGCAUAAGUCCAGUCAGCUCGAGGGCAUCAUCUGGUGGUGGUUUGAGUGCCUGUCAGUAUGCAUUAACAAACAGUACUAAUCCCCAUUCACCAGGUCCCGAGCACAAUCAAACAGCACGAGCUCAAGUUUGAG